UGAAAACGCAGGCCAUGUUUGUGUUCUGAUAGUGUACGUCUGCUGCAACAAAUGUUCUAGCUACUGAAGUGCUGAAGAUUGCAGCGAUCAUGUUUGCACUGAGGACAGACAAACUGUGGAGUUGCUUCCAGCUUUGCCAGUCACCUGUGAGAGUCUGUGGGGCUCGUGGACUGCAGGCAGAUGAGGUUUUUCACUAAGGAGCAGGGUCUGCAACCCUUGGAAAGGGUUGAAGUUCCUCCUGCCCUCUGCAAUUCGCCCUUGUCCAGCCUUGUCGCUCCUGAUAUGACUUUAGGCGUAUUUGGCUUCUCGGAAUUGAUUUUGGUAUCCCAGGAACUCGAGUGCAGGUUGAUCUAAAUGGUUGUACUGUCUUCUCCAGCACUGGAUGGGAUUGGCCACUCCAUGCAGGUUCUGUGCUGUAUUUGAGAAGAGGGGCGCAUUGCUAAGGAUCCUGUCAUUGGGGUCAGGCUGGUGCCUCUCCAGUGUCUUUAAGUGAAGCUGGGUUUUUCUCGGAAUAUUUUGGUACCAAUAUGAAUGAAGUGUCAGUUGUCAAGGAGGGAUGGCUUCAGAAAAGAGGUGAAUACAUUAAAACCUGGAGGCCAAGGUACUUCCUCUUGAAAUCGGAUGGUUCUUUUAUUGGCUAUAAGGAGAAGCCUGAGAGCGCAGAUCACUGUUUACCACCAUUAAACAACUUCUCUGUAGCAGAAUGCCAGCUAAUGAAGACUGAAAGGCCAAGACCCAACACGUUCAUCAUUCGGUGCUUGCAGUGGACGACAGUAAUUGAGAGGACCUUCCAUGUUGACACACCAGAUGAACGAGAGGAAUGGACAAGAGCCAUCCAGACUGUUGCCAACAGCUUAAAACAUCAGGAGCCUGGAGACGACGCUAUGGAUGUCAAGUCUGGCUCGCCCAGUGACAGCUCGGGAAUGGAAGAGAUGGAGGUGUCGAUUUUGAAGUCCAGGAAUAAAGUGACGAUGAACGAUUUUGACUAUUUGAAGUUACUGGGGAAGGGCACCUUUGGUAAAGUUAUCCUGGUGAAAGAGAAGGCCACAGGACGGUACUACGCCAUGAAAAUUCUACGGAAGGAAGUAAUAAUCGCAAAAGAUGAAGUCGCCCACACUGUUACAGAGAGCAGGGUCUUGCAGAAUACGCGACAUCCAUUUUUAACAACAUUGAAGUACGCAUUUCAAACCAGUGAUCGGUUAUGUUUUGUCAUGGAGUAUGCAAAUGGCGGGGAGCUCUUCUUCCACCUCUCUAGAGAGCGUGUUUUUACUGAGGAUCGCGCACGCUUUUACGGGGCUGAGAUUGUGUCUGCUCUGGAUUACCUCCACGAUAAGAAUGUUGUCUACAGAGAUCUGAAGCUGGAAAACCUCAUGUUGGAUAAAGAUGGGCAUAUCAAGAUCACGGACUUUGGCCUCUGUAAAGAGGGGAUAACGGAUGGAGCCACCAUGAAGACCUUCUGUGGAACCCCAGAGUAUCUGGCGCCCGAGGUACUGGAGGACAAUGACUACGGUCGGGCUGUAGACUGGUGGGGGCUUGGCGUGGUGAUGUACGAGAUGAUGUGCGGGCGACUGCCCUUCUACAACCAGGACCAUGAGAAACUCUUUGAGCUGAUCCUUAUGGAAGAAAUUCGGUUUCCCCGCACCUUAUCCCCUGAGGCCAAAUCGCUCCUCUCGGGACUCUUAAAGAAAGACCCCAAACAAAGGUUGGGAGGCGGUCCUGAAGAUGCGAAGGAAGUAAUGCAUCACAAAUUCUUUGUCUCAGUUAACUGGCAGGAUGUUGUAGAGAAACGGCUUGUGCCUCCAUUCAAACCCCAAGUGUCUUCUGAGACAGACACACGAUAUUUUGAUGAUGAAUUCACAGCAGAGACGAUAACAGUCACCCCCCCAGAUAAAUUCGACAAUUUGGACCUGAUGGAGAGUGAUCAGAAAGCACACUUCCCCCAGUUCUCCUACUCAGCAAGCGUGCGAGAAUAAACCCUCAAUUAUACCAAAAAGUAAAACCACCCAGGAUGUUCUGUUCCAGAUCUGGAGAAGGCAAAACUACAUUAUCCCAAAACUCCACACCUUUUCCGCCGUCUGUCUUCAGCCACCACCUUCGGAGUCCCAGGAACUGCAAGGGUCCACUGUAUGGAAAUUCACUACCAGUUCGUUUUCACUGUAGAAAUUGUGUUUUUUUUAAACAUAGAUGUACAUAGUAAACAGCAGCAAACUUGCAGUGAUUGUUCCACUGCUGCAGGAGCCGCAGUAUGGGACGUUUGUGCAUAUUUUAAAAAGACAUCUGUACAGUGAGGGUGGUUCUCCCCUCAGUCAAUGCCAGCCAUGAACUUGCACCACAGCGUGUCACUGUUCAAAUGUUUCCCUUUUUCUUUUGUAAAAGCAUCAUUUCAAAAUAUUUCAGUUAUCGGUCCAUUGGAUACGUAUGCAGAUAUAUGCACGCAGAAUCCAGCAGAUAUAUGCAUGCAGGCAUACACUAGGCAUUUGCGUGCACGUGUACACAUUUGCCAGGCGUUACACCUGCCAGGUGUGUGCGCAUGUGCAGACACGUUCGUCAGGUGUGUGUGCGUGCACACAGACAAUUGCCAGGUGCAUGUGUGCGAUGUGCGCAGAUAUCUGGUGGAAGGAGCCUUGCAGGUGGGUAAACGCACAAGCAAAGCAGUUAGAACAAAUUCGAAGACUCAUAAUUUGGCUGGCACUACAUUGUCAUUGAGAGUUGAAGGAACAGUGCUGAAGGUGGGAUGGAGUCGGGCUCAGGUGUGGGGGAUUUCCUGGGCAUUGCAGUUCAUUUCAAUAUCAGCGGAGGAUGGUCGCAAGGAUUUGGUUUAAUGAUCAGACCCCUUGGUAUUUCUGCCAUUUUGUUCUCAUUGUUACAGCCCAUAGCCAGUAGUGUCCGCAGUUCGGGGAGGAGAAUGGGGGUGUGGUUUGGGUUGCGGGGUGGUAGGUUGGUUGCGGUUCCCUUUCCUCUGUUGGAGAGGGGGCUCAGUUUGAUGUUACAUGUUCCUGACUGGAUGGCCCCCUCAAUCCAGCUGUGGCAGAGGUAUUCAAGUCAUUGAGUGAACUCCCUGGAGCAGAGCUCACUGCUUCAACCCCAGGAUCAUUGCCGAGCUAACUAAUCCAGGGUUUUUGGGGUGGGGGGGGGAAAUCUGUCAGAAGGGGAAAUGCUUCAAGUUAAACUCAGUGGAUUUUUCCAAAGUUAACAAUUUUUUUUGUUUUGUUAAUAUUCAUGGUGAGAGUGCAGACUUGUAUGGUUGCUAGCAGUGCGUCUGAAAACAUUAUUUUUAAAAUGUCCAUGGUAAUGUUCUGACAAAUCAUGGAACCUCCUUACAAACCUCCUGCAUGUUCUUGUGGACCUGUGAACAGUAUCGUGCCAGUCUGACUGAUGCAUGAGGGGUCUUAGUCCUGCUUACGUGGACCAGUCAUGCCAGCUAUGGUAGAGCACCGGUGGCACUACCUGCUUACCAGGCCUCCCCUGAAGACCUGACACUGGCCCAAACUGGUGUGCUGCGGCAAGCCAGGGAAAGCACCUCAAAUCAUCUGCACGGGGCUGAGUCUCCUGCCUGUACUGGCUGCUGUGAGGCCCAUACACUGGCUCCCAAGUGCCUGCCCCUUGCAGCAGUCAGUGAGCACACUGCCCUCACCUAAUGCAAAGUUAUGCAUCAAGCAUCUAACCACUUUCUAACUGUUACAAAUUUCAGCUGUCCAAGUGGAUGAACUCAGCAUGGCUUUUUUAAUAGGAAAAUACACAUGGACUCUCCCAUAGAGACUUGCCACCCUGCCAGCCCCGAUGUGCCUUUAACUGUUACAGUUGAGUUUGUUCCUUGCCCAGAAGCAAGUAGCUUUACCUCUAACCUCAACAAAACCUUACUUUCUAGGAAUUACACCCACUAGUUUCUAUCCUACGCCCCACCCAAAUGCAGGUAUGGGUCCCAGUCGUUUUCCUCAAUGUAUAUGGCUCAACCCAGGCUCGCCCGAUUAAUCCCAGUACCAUCUCUCUUGAAAUAAUGGAGACUUAAUAAUUGAGCUGCUGUUCCAAAGGAGUCAGUAGAAGACCGUACAAUUGCAGACUUGAUUAGUGUCAUUAAUUCACCUUUAUCUCCUUAACAGUCUCUGAAUUUAACCCCUUAUGUGAACAAUUCUGACUUCGUAGCAACAGUUUAACAGAACUUCCAUUAAAUUGGUGAAACUGUUAGCUUCAUAGUGGGGUUUCAGUAUAAAAAUAAGUCUCUCAUUCAGUCAGACUCCUACGGUUAUGACAUAGCUUUAUCACCAUCACGAGCAGAGGCUUAUUAUCUCAUUGAAAUUGGUCUGGAAUGUCCAGCACCCCCUCCCAGCACAGGUUUUUAAGUCAGUGUCAUUUCAUAAAUUUAGCUUGGAUUUGAAAAAUAUGUUUACAUGUAAACAAGUGAGUCAGCUGUUUGGAGAGAGCGCUGAGAAGGUGAACAUUUUGUUUACUGAUGUGCAAAGGAGCACUAUGACUGUCCCCUUCAACACCGUUGCUGACUUCGAUACAUUAAACUGAUAAUCUGGGUCAACAUCUGUUUUCUGGAACAGAUGCUUUGUUAGCCAGAGGUGGAAGUCAAUUCUUUACGAGGACCUGAUGCAAACUUUGUGGUCAGAGACAAGUGGAGGGAGCGAUCUUGUCAUAUUUUGACUUGAGGCGUGGGGAGCCAUCGGCCGAGUGGGAUUCUUGCAGACCCUUUCAGCAGUGUGUCACUGUCCUGGAAUCCUCAAACCGAGCCACCCAAUCCAGUGCUGGAUUCCAUUUGAAAUUCUUGGUUCCCAAAAACCGUCUUUGGUUGCAAAUUGGCAGUGAAAUUUUAGGGUGGGCCUGCUGCUGGAAGUUCUGCUGUGCUGUGAUGCUCAGCAGGCCAGACCAGCUACCACGUGUUUGUGUUACUGAGGCAGAGAAUUGGCUGUGGGCUGUACCCUGGGAAUCUUUGGCU